AUGCCGCUUUUCCUACUACCGUCUACUGCUAUAUUCCCGAGACUUUACGAUGAAUUGUUUGAUGAUUACGACCCGCUGCCUGCUAUAGUGCACCAUCAUGAGGACAGAGGUUCACCGCCUGCGAAAAGAAGUCGUAGAUCAGAACGUCAAGUGUCGAAAAAGAGUCCCAGAAAACAUGUGGAUGAGAUUGUUGACGACGAAGAGAGACUAAAAAUCUCUCUCAAUGUGGGCAAUUACAAACCUGAUGAGCUGAAAGUCGAUCUUGAUGGAAGAGUUUUGACCGUAGAAGGAAAACAAGAAACCAAGGAUAAGGACGGAUAUUCUAUGAGAUGCUUCACCAGAAUGUGGGAGCUCCCAUCGAAUGUCAACCUAGAGCUUCUCAAAUCCAGUAUCACUAAUGAUGGACGUCUGGCCAUUGAGGCUCCGAAAAUCACCAAGCCCAUAGGAUCGGCGAAAAGAAUCCCUAUCCAGAAGGCCUUUUCCACGUCUGAUUGAAGUGCUGUCAACAGUCCUGCGUCAGUUGUUUUUGGGCGCAGAACCAUUCCGUCACUCUGUGUGAUCUCUAGACUGCACUUUUAUGUAUGUACGUUCACCUCUCCACUGUCCAUCUACCUUCUUUCAUUUAGUCUAGAUUAGAGUACAUCAUAUUUGGGGCCCAGCUGCAGAUAGCAAUCUAUCUACAAAAACGCCAAGUUUAUUUCCCAAAAGGAACCCUUCUGGCACCAACAUUUCAUUCUGUGAAUGUUGACCGUGAACCAUGCUCUGCGUUUCUAUCAUUUGUAACUCUAAACCGUCUUUCUAUUUUUGAAAUAACGAUUAAUAAUCACAUGCUCGAUUUUUUCAAAUCAACA